AUGGGAUUCACAUCAUUUUUGUUUUUUAUUCUUAUAUAUUCCCAAUGCUUAGUUGUAAAACUUUCAGAAGGAGAUGUCAAUGAGUUGAAUAGUGUUGAAGCAUUUGUUGGUGACCAAUCAAAAUAUGAUGACAUAAAUGAUAAUGUAAAUUUUGGUGACAAGGAUACUCAGUCUGUUCGGGAUUCGGAGACACAUAGCACUUCGGUAGACCAGGAGAAUAAUGUGAAGCUCAGCCGCAAAGCUUCUCCUGAGUCACUGGAUUCAUUAGAGAAUCAAGAAUCUCCAGGGGCAGGUCACGCAUCAAGUGAAUCCAUAAUCCCUCCUAGGACAAAUCAGGAAUCAGCUGGACUUGACCACAAAGAUGUUCAGGAGUCUAUUCUAGAAGAACUGCCUUCAUUGGAUUCAGUUGCUGCAGAAGGUAUUAACACACAUGAAAUCCCGACUUUCAAUGAAUUCCAUGCAAUGGUUUCAGAAAGGUCACAAUCACGUAAAGGGCAAGAUUGUGACGUUGUCGGAAAUGCUGGUGUGACCGAUUCUGACUAUGAUGUCAAUAUUAAACAAAAAAUUAAGGCUUCACAAAUUCCUCAGGGAUCCGAAAAAAUACUGCAAACACAUAAUGAUGUUAAUCCAUCGGUUAAAUCUUCGAAAAUCAAAUAAUUCAAGAUGUAUCAGAAAAAAGUGUUUUCACAGAUGAUAGUUCGUUUUCCGAUAAUAUCCAAAAAGAUUCUGUUAGUGAACAGCAUCAGUCUUUGCAAGUGAAUUCUGUUGUGACGUCUAAUUCAGAAACGAAUUCCAAAUCAAGUUCUCAUGUUACUUCACAACCUGUAAUCACCACCACAACCACCACCGCAGCAACAACAAUAACUAACAAUGGUGCUGUUCAUACACCGAG